AUGACGCUGGAGUCCGAAGAGCCCCAGUGCGUGCUGUCCAAGCAGGCCACGGCCAAGGCUGUGGCCCUGGAGCCAGAGUCCGAGAAGUCUGCCUUGUCGCCGACGGCGGACCUGGGGGAGCUGCGCGAGUUCGUGAGAUGCGAGUCCUUGGAGCGCAUGCAGCUGUGCAUGCGCCUGCAGAAACAGCAGGAGAUGCUGGAGCAGCUGUCGGAAGGUGUCAUGCCCUUGAAGAGUGAUGGCGCUUCCGGCGGCUCCCUGCUUUCCGAAGACUUGAUCGUGGGAGAAGGUCCAUGGCACAAUUCGAUCGUGGCGGAGGUGGAUGCGUUGAAGCUCUCAAUGCAGCAUCUCUCCCAAGACAUCAAGGAGUUGCAGGAGUGUUUCGAUGUCAGGCCCCGCACGGGAAGCCUCGUGCUUAAAUCCGGUGGCUGCCAGGCAGUCGAUGAGUUUGUGGAUGAUGGCCGCUUUGUGCAAAAUGACCUGGACCGCUCUCCCUGCAAGGCCCCCAGUGAGGAGGGAUCCUUCGGCGGUGGGCUGAACUUCGAGCCGGCCCUGGACCUACAGUGGCUGGAGGAGCGAUUCGAGGCCCCGAACCAGUGCGCUGCUGACCUCACCAGCGUGGAGCAGCGGCUCGUGGAUGAGUUCACAAGAUGGUUGGGUGACUUAGAGUGUGAUUUCGCCGCAGCUUCUUGGCUCAUGGGCAGCUUUCCUUCGGGCCGUGUGAGCCUGUCGCCCCGCUUUCAUGACCUCACUGCUGGCCGUCCGCCGUUGAGGAUUCCACUCGCAGAGCGACGUGGUAUCCAACUCAAGCAGCUUGAAGACCUUCUGCGAUGUCUGGAGCAGGUGGCAGCUGAGUCAGGUGGCUUGAAGUGGAGAAAGGCGCAGGCGGCAAUCGAUGCGGCUGAUGUAAAUCUUUAUGAUCUUUGCGACGGUCUGAUCAAGCCGUUGACAUUAAGAUCGAGGUGCAGCUAUGUGGAGGCCGUGGCAGAGUCUGAAGACAAGCAGGUUCCCUCCUUCUUCGUGAGCCAUUGGUGGGGUCACCGGGCUAGGCAGCCUCCCGAAACCUUGAACCCACGGCGCGUUGCGCAAUCGUCCGCAUAUCGGUUUGAACAACCCCCUGAACCCUCAGGCGAGCCCGUGGCAUCGUUUGUGGCUGCGGCCCGGAAUCAUGGGCUGGUCCGGGGGCGCUCUUGCGAAGAUGCGUAUUGGGUCUGUGCGUAUGCCAACAACCAGCACGACGCGUUGGCAGAAAUUGGCAGCAAUCCAAAAGAGUCGCCCUUUUUCAGAGCCUUGCGGCUGGUGGAUGGUGUUCUGCUGAUUCUCGAUGGGCUGGGGCCUGCCACUCCUUUCAGGCGCAUGUGGUGCUGCUUUGAGAAGAGCCUGGUGGUCUCGUCCUUCGGGCGUGACAGGGACCGCCACCUGCUGCUGGACGUGGCCUGCACGCAUGAAGGCAAGCCGGAGUUGCUGACGGACGGGCUGACGGCUGAGGAGGCGCGCAUGGAGGAGGCCCACCGGAAAGUGGCAGCGAACUCCUCCGGCUGGCUGGCCAAGUCUCAGCGAGAGGGAACCUUUCCAGUCCAGCUCCUCCAGGAGGGCUUUCAAAUCUGCAUCCAGAAGGCCAGCGCCAGCCGCGAGGAAGAUCGCCGGCGGAUCCUGAAUGUCAUUGCUGGCAAGCCGGAUGGUGAGCUGGACACACCGCCUGAGCCCGAGCAUUCGGCCUACCAAGCGGUGGACCGCAGCCUCCGGGGCCUCUUUGCGGUGGCCACUUGGAGGACCGCGGUCGAGCAGGGGAGGCAGAUCUCCGAGCAGCCUCACGGGCUUCCGCUCGCGUCCGCGCUGCGGGACAGCGGCCGAAGUGAGCUGACGUUCCACUUCUCCCGAUGCCACCAGUUCUCUGACGAGGGCCUUGCGCAAGUCGUCGAGAGCCUCCCACAGGAACUGAGGAUGUUGUCGCUGCAGUUGGAGGCGUGUCAGGCACUCUCCCCAGCUGCCCUGAUGUCCCUGGGCCGGGGAUUGCAGACCCUUACCGCGUGUAACAGCCUGGACUUAAACUUGAGCUUCACUGGUAUUUGCUCAUGGGAGUCCUUGGCUGGCCUAUCCGCCGGUCUCCGGCAAAUGCCUCAGCUUCAAGUCUUGGUCCUGGAAAUGGAGGGCUGCACGGGCAUGACGUCCCUGGAUGCACUGACCGCGUGCUUGCCAUCGCUUCAGGCCUUAAGAUGCUUGCGCCUGGGCUGCGCGCGCCUGAAGCUUCACGGACUAGGUGACCUGGGCGAGAAGCUGGCCCAGUGCCCGCUGCAGGAGCUGCGACUCGACUUCAGCGGGUGUGGCGACUUAGAAAGCCUGGACACCCUCGCGGCCCUGGAGAUUGGGUCCAUGAGUCGGGUGGACUGGUGCUUCCCGAGAUGUACAGCCCUGAUGGUCCGCGAUGACUUCUGGAAAGCCUUGCAUCUGAAGUCCUUGCAUUCCUUGCGUGGCUUGAGCCACUUGAGCCUGAACUUUGCUCACUGCUUGGGUCUGCAGGAGGUGACGUCUCUUGGACUGGCGCUCGAAGGUACGGAGCUUGCGACCUUCAAGGUGAACUUCCACUACUGCAGCGCCCUGGCCCAACACCUGCAGUGGUCCUUCCUGACGGUUCCGGCCUUCCAGGAAGCCCUUGCCAAGGGCGGCCAGGGCCGCACCUGCGUCCGCGACCCGGCGGGCAAGUUCCAGGUUCGGGUCGAGGACUCGGAGGAAGAGGAGGAAGAGGACGGCCGCUGA